AUGCCAGUCAACCUUACCGCUUCAAACCGUACUGAGGAGCUCGGGGAAACAAACCACAACUUUCCUGCACUGAUAUUUGGGAUUUUGCUAAUCAUUGUAAUUAUUUGCGGGAAUUUACUCGUGUGCCUCAGUGUAUACACAGAAAAAGCUUUAAAAACCACAACAAACUACUUCAUAGUCAGUUUAGCUGUCGCCGAUCUGUUGUUGGCAGUAUUGGUGCUGCCACUAUUCGUGUAUGCAGAGUUCCAAGAUGGGGUUUGGUCCUUGAACAUGACCAUCUGUGAUGGGCUUAUGACCAUGGAUGUGAUGCUAUGCACAGCCUCAAUAUUCAAUCUCUGUGCCAUUAGUGUGGACAGGUUCAUUGCUGUUUUGGUCCCACUUAACUACGACAGGAAGCAUGUGGACCAGCGACAGAUUGUCCUCCUCUCAGCCACCUGGAUCCUGGCUCUGGCUGUUGCCUCUCCUGUAAUCUUCGGAAUCAACAACGUACCUAACCGCGAUCACACGGAAUGCAAGCUGGAGAAUGACAACUAUGUGGUCUACUCAUCCGUGUGUUCCUUUUUCAUCCCCUGUCCCAUCAUGCUGAUUCUUUAUUGUGGAAUAUUCCGGGGCCUAAGGCGCUGGGAGGAGGCCCGUAAGGCCAAGCUGAGGGGCGGUGGCACCCAGGCAUGCCGGAAACUCCAGGAAGCAGCAGCCGCGGCUUUGCCCCCACUAGCUGGUCUUCCUCCCCCAUUGCCCCCUGUGAUUGAACGUGAACUCACAGACAUCCAGGUAGAAAAGAUGGAACACUACCAUGAGUCUGACUGCCCUAGUCCUACAGACUGCAAUGAUGGGGCAGUGUCGACUGUUACCUAUGCAGAUGAGGGCUACAGACAGCAAGAACAACAGGGCAGGAAGAAGACAGCCAAGAUUAAUGGGAGGGAGAGGAAGGCAAUGAGAGUGCUUCCUGUUGUAGUAGGUGCCUUCCUCUUCUGCUGGACGCCAUUCUUCGUGGUCCACACCAUGAGGGCCUUGUGUGAGUCCUGCAACAUCUCCAGCAGUCUGAUGAGCACUGUUACCUGGCUGGGCUACGUCAACAGUGCCCUAAACCCCAUCAUCUACACAGUUUUCAACACUGAGUUCAGAAUGUUCUUCAGGAAGUUCCUCCCCAACUGCUGCUGCUGCUGCUGCUAG